AAAGAAACCAAACAAUAUAUUUUCGUGUGACUCGCCGUGAGUCACGUUUUCGUGGAAAACGUAAGCCUUUUUUUACGAACGAAUCCGAUACGUUCCAUGCUUUUAGGAGCUCACUGUGACGGGCGACGUCACCCCUUAAGCGUAAUCACCAUUUAAGCAUCUGCCUUGCCUGCUCUUUCACUGCCAUUCCCAGCUGUCUCUGUACCUAGCUGAAGCAUCCAGUGAUCACAUCGUUGUGCUCCAUCGAAAGCUCUAGAAGAUGAGCUCACAGAUUUGCAGAUCUGCUGCUUCGCGAGCUGCCAGGUCUCUUCUCUCUUCUUAUUCCAAGCAGAGCUCGCGCUCCAUUUCCGGCGGGCGAGCAGCUGCAGCAGCUACAGCUGUUUCUCUCAGAGGAAUUUUGCCUUCUCUUGCCUUGUAUGGUAGGGAAGAAUCUACAAAUGCCUCUAGAUCUUGGAUUUCAGGGUUUGUUGCUCUUCCCGUAGCAGCUUACAUGCUCCAGGAGCAAGAAGCAUAUGCCGCUGAGAUGGAGCGGACCUUUAUAGCAAUCAAACCCGAUGGAGUGCAAAGAGGCCUGAUUGCAGAAAUAAUAGCUCGUUUUGAGCGGAAAGGAUACAAGCUAGUUGCAAUAAAGGUUUUGAUACCUUCCAAGGAGUUCGCUGAGAAGCAUUAUCAUGAUCUCAAGGAAAGACCUUUCUUUAGUGGCUUAUGUGACUUCCUUAGCUCUGGCCCUGUUGUUGCGAUGGUUUGGGAAGGUGAAGGAGUGAUAAAAUAUGGUCGUAAGCUUAUUGGUGCAACAGAUCCACAAAAAUCGGAACCUGGAACUAUCAGAGGUGACUUAGCCGUUGUAGUUGGAAGGAAUAUAAUCCAUGGCAGUGAUGGCCCGGAGACGGCAAAGGAUGAAAUCGGCCUAUGGUUCAAACCAGAAGAGUUGGUAAACUACACCAGCAAUGCAGAGAAGUGGAUUUAUGGUGUGAACUGAUUCACCAACGCAUAAAAGCACUUCGCUUGCGGUUGAAUAAUUAUAAUUAUCAUAAUAAGAUGUUUCCUUUAAGGUUCGGAACAUCUUCCCUCAAACCACGCUUUAUAGGAAGUAUUGUUAUAGAUAGAAAUUGUUUUAUUCUAAAUAUAUAUUUUGGCAAACUACUAUGAAACUUUGCCGUACUCUUAAAAUUCAUCAAUAAUAAUACAUUCUUAUACGCCUGGGUUUGCCAG